AUGGCUAAGAACAUGGAAAAUACCAGUUACCGGCGACUCAAUGUGGAUGAAUUCGAUCCGGAGAAGUACGAUGAAAAUGAAGAAGGAUCUCAAACACCAGGAUUGGGACCUGAUGAAAAAACAAUUAAUUCUAUGCUUUCAACCAAUAGAUUCAAUGAUGCUUUGCAUGCUGUACUUAUGAAUCCACCCUUGAAAACGGAAAAUAUGGAGCAAAAGGAGAAGGCUGUACGCUUGGUGGCUAAAGUAGUAGGGAGUUUCAAAUCUAGUGAAGUCGAGGCUGUCGUUAAGACAUUAAAUGAUGAUGAAGCCGACGUGUUGAUGAAAUACAUUUUCAAAGCUAUGGAAAUCGUUCCAGAUAGUGCACUCUGUCAAACUUUGUUAACUUGGCAUGCUCAGAUGGUGUCUCGCUUCGGACUUGGUUCUAUAAUUCGAGUAUUUUCCGAUCGUAAUCGCUUGUAA